AUGGCGAAACAAAUUUACAUCGGCAUCGUGGGAGUCGGCGAGGUAGGGAAUGCUCUAUUAUCCCAGCUGGGACAGAUCCCCAACCCUCAGCCGAAAGUCAUUCUCCUCUCUCGCUCAUCACAAGCACUGCUUACUCUACCCCCAUCAUAUGAGCCAUCGAUCCCGCUCACAAAUUGGGAAGAUGCUGCAGCGACACCAUCGAUAACAAAAACCGCCGCAUUGACCCCGCAAGAGAUCGCCAAUCAUCUGAUAUCAGCUCCAGGCCCAGCAAUUCUAGUGGACAAUACAUCCAGCUUGACUCUAUCUCAGUCCUACCCCUUUUUCCUGAAGCAGGGUAUUUCGAUCGUGACUCCAAAUAAGAAGGGUUUCUCCUAUGAUAUAUCCUUAUUCAAUGACAUUUUUGCAUCCGCCGCAGAAGGGAAUGCACUGGUAUACCAUACUGCGACUGUCGGCGGAAGCCUGCCAGUUCUACCGACUCUGCGAAACCUUAUUGCCAACGGGGAUGAAAUCAUCCGAAUCGAAGGUGUGCUCUCUGGGACUCUUAGUCUGUUAUUCGACGAGUACGUGCCAGCAUCCGGAACAUCCGACCAAACGUGGAGCUCGCUCGUCAACCAUGCGUUGAAAAUCGGGUUUAUGGAGCCGGACCCUCGCGACGACCUCAACGGUAUGGAUUUCGCGAGAAAGCUCAGCAUCCUUGCCCGGGUUGCGGGACUACACAUUGCGGGACCCGAGACAUUCCCCGUGCAGUCUCUGAUCCCGGAUGAACUUAGCCAAAUGGCAGCGGCAAAGGAAGAGGCUGUGAGGCAGGAUAAGGUUCUCAGAUACAUUGGCUCCAUCGAUUUUACCAGUCAAAAGAUCAAAGUGGGGCUCGAACAUAUCGAGAAAGAUGACCCCAUUGCCAAGCUCAAUGGUAGCCAGAUUGUGAGCAUCUAUACCAAGAGAGAUCCUGUCAAUCCAGUGAUUCUCAAGGGCGGUGGCGGUGGUGGAGAGAUAACGGCGAGAUGUGUCAUGUCCGACCUGCUACAGUGGCUGAGCAUGAGAAUGCUUGUUAUCGACCCCGCAUCGGGGCCGCCUCGGAAAAUCUCCUUAAACGCGCACCCCCCGCCUCUACAACUCACCAUCAAAAUGGCAUCACAGGAUUCUUCAUCCUUCCAAGGAUCUACUGGGGCAUUUACAAUCCACUAUUUUGCCACAGCCUCUCAAUAUACCAACAAAAAUACCGAGCGUCUCCCCGCUCCUUUGCCACUAUCGCGUUUAUACCCCCUCUUGGAGGAACGCUACCCAGGAAUCACCACCAAAGUCCUCGGGACCUGUAGCCUGAGCCUCGAAGGGGACUAUGUCGAUGUGGAAGAAGAUGCAGAGCGUGUCAUCCAGGCCGGAGAAGAAGUCGCUGUGAUCCCGCCGGUGAGCUCCGGCUAG